AUGCAAUCGAUUGAAACAAUAGUAAAUAAAGCAUGUCAACGACAUGAUGAACUAAUUAAACAAUUGACUAACGAGUUAAAAGAUACGAAAGAUGAAUUAAGGCUGGUACAAAAUGAUUUGAAUCAACUGGAGCAAUAUGGAAAGCGACGUGAUCUUCUUAUUUAUGGAAUUUCAUAUACGAAAGAUGAAAAUGUCACUGAUAUUGUCUUAAAAUUAGGUAGUACAUUGGGUUUAACACUAAAAGAAAAUGAUUUUAACGCAAUUCAUCGUUUACCACCUACGAAAAAUUCAGUGGACAAGACGAAACAAUCAAUUAUUGUUAGUUUUCUGAGAUUUACUGAUCGUACCGCUUUUCAUUCGUCUCGGAAACGUUGCCGUAACCAUGAUGAGUUCAAGAACGUGUUUAUCAAUGAACAUUUAACCUAUUAUAAUAACCAAAUAUUCGUUCAUGCACGAAAACAUUUAGAUAAAAAACGUAUUUUUACAAGAAACGGUAAUAUUUUUCUUUAUGUGGAUAAAGGCAAAUAUAAACAAUUGUAUUCUACGUUGGAAAUUGAUAAUGCGUUGAAUAAUUUAACUGUGACAGUUACAUGA